GCAGUGCGACGCAGUUGUCAUUGUGGUGUGUGAUUCGGUCCGCGUAGGAGGAAAGAAUAAAACGGCAACUGGCGCUACGCUCGAACGCUUUUCCACAUUCGCGGCCGCGUUUUCCAUAACCCCACAGUGCUGAAAAGAUGCAGAUCGUGUAAAGGUGCAGUCGUGCGUGUGUGUGUGUGUGGGCGCACGAAGGAAGAAAUCAAUGCAACCCAGUGCUCAAAAGGUUGCCCUUUUCGGAAUAGCAUCCACCAAGAAAACAGUGCAGAUUAUAUAAGUUACGGCGGAGUGUGCGAAAAGCAAAAAUAAAAAAGCGCGGAAGCUUAGCGAAAGCUGGAAGUGAAACAGGUAAAAACAAAAAUUGUCGCCCAAGAAGCUGCGUGAAACGUUUCGUGCAGUGAUUGCAGUGUGUGCCAAAAUCGUGUGCGUGUGUGUGUGUGGUCGAGGAAGAAGGGUUUUCCCUAUACCCAAAGGGCAAGCAGGAGUGUGUGUGCGAAUUGGCGCGCCAGUAGUGUUGCUUUUCGGCGUAGUAGUUGGCGGUGCAGCACCAAUGCCCGCAAGGAACGGGCCAGCAUGCUGCGGGAACUAAUUGCCUGGGUGUUAAACAACUACCUCGGGAAAUAUGUGGAAAAUCUCAACACAGCCCAGCUGACCAUUGCAUUGCUGUCGGGCCAGGUAGAGUUGGAAAAUCUCCCUUUGCGCAAAGAUGCCCUGCGACACUUUGGCCUACCGUUGCAGAUCGUGAGCGGUACGAUCGGCAAGGUGAAGCUAACCGUACCGGUGCGUGCGUUCCGUACCGCUUCCUGGUGUCUGUACAUUGACAAUGUGCAGGUCACCUGUGGCCCGAUCGAUCUCGAGCAGGACUGGAACGCGGAGGUGGAACAGCAAACCGAGCUCGAUCUAAAGGUAGCGUCCCUCGAUCGAUUGGAAGCGAAAUGGCGCGCCCAGCGCGAAACGCCCGUCACCGAGGGCAGCUACUAUGCGUCGUCCUACUCCGGAUGGCUCAACUACGGCACUACGCUGGUGACGAACAUUAUAGAAAACCUGCAGCUAACGGUAAACGGUAUCCAUGUGCGGUACGAGGAUGGGCUAACGAUCCCGCACCAGCACUUUGCCUGUGGCAUCAAGAUCGACUCGCUGUCGGCGCAAAGCUGCGACGCCAGCUGGACGCCGGGCAAGACGGCGAACUGGAGCACACAGCACCUCACCUUCAAGCUGGUCGAGCUGACCAACUUUUCCAUGUACUGGGACCCGCGGGCGCAGCACGAGCCGGUGCACAUGAUCAGCCCGAUCAGUGUACGCGCACAGCUAAGGCGGGAUCGUAGUGAAACCCCGCUCAGAACGCGCAGCCGACCGCGGUUGGUUUGUGAUCUAAUUUGGGACGAAAUAAGAAUAGCUCUUAGUGAUAUACAAUACAAUCAAAUGAUGCAGUGUGUCCGCGGGCUGGACGACAUAGCACGCUACCGUAGGUUUAAAUUGCAGCGCCCAACGGCAUCGGUGGGCGAGUGUGCGCGCGACUGGUGGCGUUACGCCGUUCGCUGUCACGGGCUCUGCCGGCAUCUUGGCACGGAUCCGUACGUAAUAGCGAAGGAAAACAUGCAGUACAUUCGCAUCUACAUGCGGCUCGUGGCCAACCCGAACGAAGUGCUGACGAGUGCGAACAAACAGUUUAAGGAUCGGAUCGAGCGGGACCGUACAUUCGACGAGUUGCGGUUGCUGCGGGACGUCUGCAUGAUGCAAAUGCCAAAGCUGGAGAAAACGACCGUCAGCUCGCCGACGACGGCCACGGCGGGCAAAUCGCUACUCGUGCACUACUUCCCCCAGUGGUGGUACAGCAAGAACAAUAACAACAGCACAAACGCGGAGAGUUCCGAACAACAGCAAAGGACACCGCCCGGUACGGGCGAGGACGAUGCAGUAAUGAUGGCCGGUACGGCAGAUGAGCAACAGUUGGCACUGAUGCCAAACGCGGAUGGUUCCUCGUCGUAUUGGGGCCAGCAGGACGCGGAGCUAAACCCGGUCAGUAGCUUCGAGGACGAAAUUUUGGACGCUCUAGCCGGCUCCGUUGAGUCAAACUCGCUGCUUAAACGUGAUGCUGUGUUUGGAAAGUUUAAUUUCAUCCUGAAGCGCGGUACGCUCGACUUUUGCAGCUCGGUCGAGAUGGCUCCCAAGCUGCAGUUUCUGUUCCAGGACCUGAAGAUGGACGUGGAGUCGAGACCGCGUAGCGGUUCACAUUACGUAGGCCUAUCGCUCGGUUCGAUACUGAUCAAAGAUCGGCUGACGCCCAAUUCGCAGUUUCCCGAUCUGGUGAAACCGCAGCAAAAAGAUGAACUCAACGUAAAAGGUUCCUCAUCGGUCGGCUCGUCGACACCGCUCAGUGGAAGAUCGUCCGGACGGCUCAGUACGACCUCGCUCCCAGCGGACGGCAGCCCGGCCGAGCCAAUAUUCCAACUACAGUACGAACGGAAACCGCUUUCGUACGAUACCGACUAUCGGUUAAUGGUGAAGUCGGAAUCGCUCGACAUCGUGUACAAUAUGGACGCCGUGCGGUGGUUGGUGGAUUUCCUGGCCAAACCGCACCAACAGUACGAUGCCCGCCGGCGGCUGGAGGACAUGAAGAACAAAACCAAGCAGGAGCUAAUGAAGAAUUGGAACUACAUCAUCGAGGGUCACCUGAGCGAGCGGAAAACGUGGACGCUGGAGUUUGACAUAUCGGCGCCGCAGAUCAUUUUUGUAGAUAAUUUUAGCGACCGCAUCAACAGCACCAUCGUGGUGGUGGAUUUCGGUCGGCUGCAGCUGACCAACGGUGAGAAUGGGUUCACGGCCAGCAGUGCGGAUGUGGCGGGAGGUAGUGCAACAGCGCCCGGCAGAGCCCCGGGUGCCUCGAAGGCAACUGCGGGUGGGUUUUUCGGUGCCCAGCGUGAUAUCUCGCCCGAUCUGCAGACGGAAAAUGACGAAGAGGACGCAUUUAUGACACCGUGCUCAACGCCGCCCGGUUCGGAAGCUAGCACCACGAACUCGCCCACGCUGGUGAGUGCAUUUUCCGAAGCACCGGAACUGACAAGCGAUCGCGCGACAACGGGCGGCAUGGUAACGGCGGCCGCGAUCGGUGACGCGCUGGAUGAGUAUCAGCUGUAUCAGCGGCUGUACGAUCGGUACCACCUGCAGCUGACCGACUUGCAGGUGCUGGUGUGCCAUGCCAAAGAACGCUGGACAGCGGCCAGCCUGAAGAGCACCUCCAAUCUGCACGUGCUCGAUCGGUUUAGCAUCGUGCUGCAGGUGGAGCGGCGCGUGGUCUACACGAGCGAUCCACAGUACCCGAGCUUAACGCUGUCCGGCACGCUGCCGAAGUUGAACGCGCACAUUAACGAGUACAAGGUGUCGUCGAUACUGACGCUGGCGAACAAGCUGAGUAAAGCCGGACAAGCGGCCAAUCAGAGCUGGAAUCAGCAGGCAACUUCGCCGCCCCAACCGUACCCUCCGGAUGAGGUAGACCGAGGUGUGGAAGGCACGGCAAACUCGAAACCGCAGAACGAAGCUAGCACGAUUGGCCCGGGAGCGGCUAGCGAGGAGGAGGCGAGCCGUGCCAGCUCUUCCUCAAGCGCGUUGGGCAAAGAGUGCGGCACGAACAUUGUAGUGUUUCAGUUUACGAUCGACCAGAUGUCGUUGGAGGUGCAAUCGCGCGGUCGCAGUGUGGCCGAGCUGCAGGUGUCGGGUGUAAAGGCUGGCUACAGCCAACGGCCGGAAGAUAUUAGUCUGACACUGUCCGUGCACGGGCUACUGCUGGUCGACGCGAUGCAAUCGUUUGGGCAGGAUUUUGAGUUGCUAAUUGCAAGCCACAGGCACGUGGGCAUGGACAGCUUAUCUGGUAGCCUUCGGCAGAGUGAACCAUGCUCUCCGUGCUCUCCGGCGUCACCAGAUCCAAACAUGGAGUAUCGACGUCCUACCAGUCCGUUGACGAUUUCGAAGGCGCUGAGCAACUUGCAAAGAGCCACUUCUCCCACAUGGAAUGCUGCCACGAUGGGUGAUCUAGAUGCGCUCAUCACGGUGGAGAUUGUGUUCGUGACUGCGGAACGGCCGGAAGACAAGCUGCAGGUGGCAAACAUACAGUUCAACAACUUGGACAUUAUUGCUAACCAAGAAACGAUCGUAGAGCUGUUGGGCUUUAUCAAGCGUGUCAUUCCGGUACCGGUUCCGGCGCCACCUGACCAGUCCGGUGGAAUGUGGAACGGUGACGGAGCUUACGGAGACGAUACAGAUAAAGCACAUGCAAAACCGGCAUCUACUCAACCAUCACAAAUGACACCAUCCAGCACAGCUCGCCGACCGUCCGUUUCGUCAUCCACCGAUACUACGCCCGCUCCGGUGCGACUAGAAAUAACGUUCGAUUUUCAUCGCCUGAACGUGCUUGUGCUGCGGGCACUGAUAAGGGACAACUAUCUUGUCGGACGAAAGGUGGGCACGUUUACGAUGUCGGAGGCAAAAAUUCAUGCCACCCUGGGCAGCGACAUCACCGUCGAGGGAUCGCUCGGCGGCCUGCAAGUGCUGGACCUAACGCCGGAAGGUGUAAACCAUCAGCGUAUACUUUCCGUCGGCAAAGAUCCGCUGACGGACACGGCAGCGUCCGUACCGUCCGCCCGCUUCGAUGCCGCCGAUUCGGCUGGACCGGAUCUGAUGGCAUCGCUGGCGCAGGAAGUGUACGGUACCGGGUUGGGGCCAAAACGGGCCGACCACCAUCACGGUACGACGACGGCGGACGGGAUGCACGAGGAAAGGCAAGCGCUAUCGUUCUGCGUUUCGAAGGAUUUGCACGCGUGCAUCGAUAUCCGGGUGAAGAUGGCCUCGGUGUGGUUCAUUCACUGUGCCCGCUUUAUGCAGGAGCUCAGCUGGUGUGCGACGGAGUUUAAGCACUAUCUUAAAAAUUUGGCUCGCUCCAUCCGCGAGAAAGCUACCGACAUGGCACUGGGGCUGGUGCAGUCGCGCUCCGAUCUAACCGGCAGUCGGCCGGAAAGCAUCUACGCCUCGCCGAGACGGGUGCGCCGUCAGCGUACCGUGUCGCUGUCCAGGACGCAGGAUGUUCUGCUAAACUCAGACUACACACUAAAGGUGGACAUUACACUGGAUACGCCCGUGCUCAUUCUUCCACGGAGCAGCAGCAGUCCGCAGGUGCUGGUUGCACAUCUGGGACGCAUCACGGUAAGCAACACGGACCAAACGUCCGGCGGAGCGUCGCCCAACUCCUCCCAAGAGCGCAUCGUGGUGAACCUUUCCACGAGUCCCCCGCCCAGUGGGCAGGAAGAGAUGGGCGGAGGGUAUCUGUUCAGUGGUGCCGAUCGCACAUCGGUCGACUGCAAUCUCAGCGAUCUGGACGGCAUCUACGAACCGACGGAUGGUGCGACCGAGGGUAAUAACAACACCGCUAGCAGCAGGAUUCGCUUUGCAAAGGAAGAUUCCACGGAGUUUAUCGAUAGUAUAGCCGGCGAUGGGAUAGAACCGGGCGGUGCCAGGCGUCACAGUGUCACGGCAUCCAGCCUGGAUCGGUAUAAGAUCGAUUUCCGCAACAUAAAUCUGUACUCGCUGGAUACGACCAAUCGGAAAGGGUUCCGGUUUGCCGGAUUGCCCCGGGCGGAAGAGUUUUACUCGUGCAAGGAAAACGCCAUCCCAAUCAUACACGAUACGAUCUUCAGCUUGGAGAUAUGCCGCCAGCAGGGAAGCGAUCCAAUUUGCAGCGACGAGGAAAGCGAUGGCUUUCGGAUAGUGGGAUGCGUGGUGAAGCCGCUCCGGCUGUCGCUGAAGCGCCAGCAGUACGAGCAGCUGCUCGAGACAAUCGACAAUCUGUUCAAGAUACCGAAGGACCUCGUCCGCCCACCGAGCGAAGUACCGACGACGCUGGAAAAGGUGACCGAAAUCGCCGAAGAGUCGCUUUCGUUCCACAGCUUCCCGAUGCCAUCGAAGGCGCGCCAGGGCCUGUUCUAUCAGUCCAGCUUGGACGUGGAGCAACGGACGGCGGCAGGGAGUGGUAUGUCCGCUGCCAUCAGCAUUCGCGUACACUUCGAGCUGCCGGCGUUCAUCAUCCAGCUGAAUGGGAACCGUAGCGAAGCGUUGGUGCAGAUAUCAUUCCGCGAUUUUUGCGUCGAUUUUGACAAACGCAACCAGUACGAAACGCACGUGAAAAUUUCACUCCGCUCCCUGCUGAUGGAGGAUCUGCUGCAAUCGGAUACGGCGAAAAACCGCUACAUGGUUGUGACGUCAGCCGAGCGCGAUUCAAACGACCGGCUGAACGCAUCCUCGUUUGCUUCGCACUCGUGCCCGAACCCAGUGGGGUUGCUGCUGGGAAUGGGGGACGGGUUGCCCAACUCGUUGCCCACCAACCUGGAGGAUAGGAUGGGAUUUUCUUUUCUUGCGACGAACAAAUCACUCUGUCCGGACACACCGCCACCUUCGCCGUCGGUGCAUCGACCGCAGGCGGGAUCGCGCCUGCAACCGGAGGAAAAUCUAGUCAUCUACAGUUCGGUGCUGGUGGAUCCAUCCUGUCCCACGUUUGCCACCCAGUUCGGUUCGCUGCAGCAGUCCAGCCUGAUCGAUUUCAACAGUCUCGAUCUGAUCGUGUCGGUGGAGAGUUGGUUCGUGCUGUUGGACUUUUUUGGACUGCUGUCGGACGAUGCGGAAGGAGGAUCAAGCUCGGAUAAGUCGCCGGAACCCUCUCAAUACUCCGAAAGACGGUCGGAUGGAGCGCACCGAAAAGAGGGUACAGCUGGUGAGGCCACCGGUACGCCGAAUCAACCGAAAUCAGGACAGCAGCAAACCAUUGCCGGACAGUCGAAGCUCGAGAUAUCGGUACGAUCGUUAAGCUUGGUGUUGGCAAAACCGACGAGUGAAAUAGCGAAAGCGAACGUGUCGAACGCGCAGCUCACGAUCUCGAAACGUGGCCAAGCGAAACAGGUCGAGGGUAGCCUCGGGUCGAUAACGCUGAGCGACCUGACGCCGUACGGCACACUGUACAGGGAAAAGUUCAUGACGACCGGCAACGAAGCGCUCAGCUUCAAGUACGUGCGUGAUGCGGCCAAGGGCACCGUCAGAGGUCUGCAGAAGGAUGCACAGCUAACGAUCACGAUGUCGUCGGUACGGUACACGCACACGAAACGGUUUAUCGCCGAGAUACAGCUGUUCUUCAAGGAGUUUUCCCAUCUACAAACGCCUAUGAUGCGGAAGAUCAAACCGUCUGACGUUCGUGCGUACCACAAUCAACGUCCGACCCAGCUCGGAUUGGCGAUCAAUGCGGGAGCACCAAUCAUUUUGCUGCCGAUGAGCUACAACAGCGAUCAAGUGAUUGUGGCUGAUCUGGGUGAGUUUACGCUAACGAAUGAGUUCCGGCUGAGCGCUCUUGACAGGGAAGUGCUCGACGUGAUGCACGUGAACCUGUUCCACACGGACAUCUUUGCCGCCCGCAUGGAGGCGGAACCGGAGGAACGAUUCAUUACAAUUCCGUCGCAGUCCACAUCCGGUGUCGCAUCCGGGAUCGACAUGAAGGGAUACAGGCUGGUAAAGAAGGGACCAAGUUUACUAAAAGAGAAGUGUCACCUUAAGCUAGAGGUGGAAAGGAAUCUCGAUUCGCUUACCAGCCAUUUCGUUCCAGACAUUACGGUGCACGGAAAACUGACGAAGUUGGAUGCUCUGCUCGAUCUGCAGCAGUACCGACUGAUACGGGGCUUCCUGUCGCACAAUCUCGGCGAGCCGAUCGACGAACUGUAUCUGCGCGCCUUCUCCAUCCCGAACAGCACGCUCAGCCUAAACGCAGUCGAUGCACAGGAUGCGCCGGAGGAGGUGUGGAAGAAUCUGUCCAUCAAUCUCGAACUGCUUGACGUGUCCGUACGGUUGGUGCAAACCAUCGACGACGAUUACUGCGGCACCACAGAACCGCUCGCCUGCGUAAACUUUAUCAAAUCCAAGCUGCUGGUCGACUGCUUUAGCGACGGUGCGCAAGACAUCGAUCUAGUGUCGCAACAGAUCCAGCUAAUCGAUACACGAUUCUUGCCCUCGGAGCGCCAGUGUCCGGUAAAACCGGGCCCGGGACUGUCGCGCACGGGCAGCACCGAAGUGUUGAACGUGUUCCCGAACAUUCUACAGCCGAUCCGGAGCGAACCGGGCGCGGAGCUGGUGCAGGCGGAAAUACACAGCCGGCGGCGCAAGGACUUGACCAAAUUUACCAUCCUGCUGAACAAUAUGCGCUUGAUGGCCAUUCUGGAUUGGUUGGAGAAUGCGCGUGACUUUAUACUGCAGCAGGAGGACCCACCACCACCGCAACCGCUGCUGGUGGACGGGCUCGACAGUGGAACGGGUGGAACGUUGCAAUGGGCCGACAGGUCGAUCGAUGCCGGGCUGCGAAGCGCCGUACAGAGGGUACCGACACCGGUCGAGGACAAUCGUAUGGAGCUGAAGCUUAACAUAACGGACUCGGAGCUGGUGUUUGUGGAGAAAACGGACCAGCACGACACGAAUGCGGUCAUAUUGAAGAGUACAACGGUUGUGUCGUACCGUCCGUUCGAGGUGAACAAAACGCUGUCAAUCAAUCUGAACAAUCUGGAGGUGUUUUCGUGCAUACUGGGUGCCGAAGAACGUACGGCACUGUCCAUCAUCGAUCCAGUCACGAUCAACAUGGACGUGAAGAAGGGUGUACUAGAGAUUCAAAUGCAGAAACAGCUGUGCAUUCGAUUAUCCUAUCACGAUGUGCGCAUGUUCCGGCAGAUGCUGGAAUCGUUGCCGAAGCAGACGAAAAAUGCGCGCGAUCAUAAACAGCAACAGGAGCGUAGAACGAGCGAAGGUCACUGGAAGGGCGGAAGUAUCGACUCGGCCGGUGGCAGCGUACCGUCAGCGUCCAACUCUAGGGCGGUGGAAAAGUUAAUCCACCUGGGAUUUCGAAAGGAGGACUGCUUGCUUGCACUCGAGCGUUGCAGCCACCAGCUGGACGAGGCGGCCCUGUGGUUAACGCAAAACAAGGAACCCCGCCGCCACGACGAACGUGGCCUUAUGCACAGCAGCAGCGUUGGAAGCACGGGCAGCGCGGGUGGGGCUGGAGCGGGCAAGGGUGGCAACACGGCCGGUGCACUCAACAUCAUUGCCAUCGAGAUGAAAUCGCCCUGCAUUUCCAUCUGCGUCAUCGACGAUUGCCGUGAUGCGGAUGUACCGCUGGUGGAGCUUUCGCUUAGCAAGCUCGAUCUGCGGCAGGAGCUUGGACCGGUGCACGGUCCGGCCGCUCACCUGCCGGACGCACCCUCGUCCGCGGAUCCAACCGUCGCGGUUGCGGUGGACGCUCUGGCGGCAACGUUCUCCGGCUACAAUGCAGGCCGCAUGGCGGGCGUGUUCGCGGUGGACUACUACAAUCGCGUCCUGAGCGGCUGGGAACCGAUGAUCGAAUCGUGGAAGCUGGAAGCAAAAUGGGGCUACAGUUUGGCGAUCGAUACCGAGUCGCCGAUCGGUACGGGGGGCAAUCGGUUGAACAUGCGCGUGGAAAGCAACGACACGCUGCGGCUGAACAUUACCAGCACGUUGAUUGAGCUGUUCGCGCUCGUGAAGGACAACUGGAUGCAGGAUUAUUACGUCGAUUCGGACGGUGCGAAUGGGAAAACGAACGGGACCAAUGCAAUCACCAACUCGUCCACCAUUGCCAGCUACCGGCAGCGGGCUCCGUUCAUACCGUUCGCGAUCAAAAACGAUACGGGCGUACGGUUAUGGUACACGACGUUGAUUUCCUCCGAGCUUAUCUCAUCUACCCGUGGACGGGGCGGUAUCGUCGGUUCGUUACCGAACGUGCCGCCGGAAGCGAACUGGACGCUGGUGGAGCCGGGUGGCGUAGCUACAUUCUCGUACGGUACGCGCAAUAAGGCGCGCCAUCGCGACAGCCACAAGAUGAAUCUGCACCAGAUAGCCGUGCGGGUGGAGGGUUGGCAGGAGGUCGGUCCCGUGUCGGUGGAUCGCGUGGGAACCUACUUCCGGCAUGCGCGGCCCGACAUGUGCAGCGCGGCAGUCGCCGACUACUCGCAAAUGCCCCGUGCCCGGAUAGUGUUUGGCGUGACGAUGGAAGGUUCGGCCCAGAAGCUGAUCACCGUCCGGUCGGCAUUGAAGCUCAUCAACAAGCUAGACCUGCCGGUGCUGGUCAAGAUGGAGCACCUGUUCGGCCAUCUGAACAUACGCCACUGGCCCGAAACCAAGACGGCCAUUCUGCACUCGAACGAGCUGCUGCACGUGCCGCUGACGCACGUGCACGCCGUGCUGUACUUCCGGCCACUGCUCGGAGCCGCCCUAGAUGACGCGAUGAACAUGCUGACGUCUUCCGCCCCUUCCCCCGUGCCCGGUUCGCAGGCUAGCAGUUCGAGCGAAGGUUGGACGCUGCUGCAGCGCUUCGACAUUCCAAAGUCGCUCGCGCACGGUGGCUUCCAGUUUACGGACCGUGGCAUCCAGUGGGCCGACGCGAUCGAGCCGGGCGAGAUUUAUCAGGAGCUGCGCAGCUGUCGGGGCCCGCGCGACAAAACGUGCAAAAUGCUGAUGGCCAUACGCAAGGAGCCGUACCCGAGCAAGGACGUGAUACAUCUGCCCGGGCACGUGAUUACGAUUUUCCCACCGAUGCGCAUCCACAAUCUGUUACCGUGCGAACUGCUGUACCGGCUGCCGUCUGGCAGCCAGGGGCGCAUUUCCUCCUCCGACACGGCCCGCAUUACCGAGGUAGACAUUGAGCAGCCGAUUGCACUGUCGCUGACGCUGGACAGCUACCCGAACGCGGGACAGAUCACCAUCCCGGCCGGAACGUACGGUUCGACCACGCUCGACGUGCGACUGUUCGAUAUGGGCGGCCGGAUGCUGAAACUGUCCGCCACGAUCGUGGUGGUGCGGGGACGCGGCGUGCAGAUAUCGAUCGGCGCACCGUACUGGCUGGUGAAUCGGACCGGUCUGCCGCUAGUGUUCAGGCAGGACGAUCUCGACACGGAGUGUGCGGGGCAGUUUAGCGAAAACGAGGAGGCGCGCAUGAUCACCCCGUUCAUGUUUGCGUUCAGCGAUCCGGGCUGCUCGGGCAGUGUGACGAUGCGGCUGGGCCGUCGGUUCGGCGGCAGCCCGAACUGGUGCCAACCGUUCAAGCUGGAGCAGGGCACCCAGCACCGGCAGCUGCGCGGCCCAUCGGAAACGUUCAUCAUCGGUAUCGAGGUGCGGCGAGCGCGAGGCAAAUACGGGCAAACCUCGAUCGUGACCUUUUCGCCCCGCUACCAGCUGUACAAUCGGAGCAGCUACACGCUGCAGGUGCUUCAGAAAUGUCUCGUAGACACGACGACCGUGUACGAUCCCACGAUGGUGGCUCGCUCGUCCUCCACCUCAUCUUCGUCGUCGUCGGCGGCAUGCAUUGAGGCCGUACCCGGCUGUCACAUUCCAUUCCACUGGCCGCGGUUGGAGCGCGAGCACGAACUGUGCGUCCGGCUGCCCGAGGUGCCGGAGUGUCUCUGGUCGGGCGGCAUACCCAUCACCAGUACCGGGCUCAGCCUGUACAUAAACAUCCGCAACACGAACGGAACGAUGCAUUUCCUGCGCCUCGAAACGAUCCUGCACGGCGCGACGUACUUCAUGAUCUUUAGCGAUGCGCAAGCCUUACCGCCCCCGAUCCGGCUGGACAACUACUCGCACGUGCCGAUCACGUUCGCGCAGGCCGACAUGAAGGCGACCUUCAAGACGGUCGUCCGCCCGCAGUGCUCGAUCGCGUACGUGCUGGACGAACCGACGGGGGCGCCCUACCUGCAGCUGGAAGCGCCCGGCGGAGACUACUCCAACUGUCGGCUGGACGGGUUCGAACCGUUCCGGCUGAUGUACGAAAACUUCAUCUACAUCGCCUUCAGCCAGACGUUCGAGACGGGCCUGCAGGAGGAGGAGGACGGCCGGUUCGAGGUGCGCUCGCAGCAGCUCGUACUCGGCGUGGUCGAUGGGCGGGUGCUGCUCGUGCGCAAACAGGCCGGAGAUCGGUCGCAGCUGUGGCGCAUGAACAAUGAGAAGCAGCUCGAGCACGAAGGCACAUCGCCACCGAGCGAACCGGGCCGCAAGCAGCCCCGGUACGUGCUGGAUCUCGAAAAGCCACCGCAGCCGAUGCAAUACAUCGCGCUGGUAGUGCGACCGGCCAACAGGCAGCGCCGCUCAACCCAAACCUGGCACUUUACCGAGGACGGGCGGCUGAUGUGCGAACAUUCUAACAUGUGCGUACAGGCGCGGGGAGGCUUUUUUGGUCUGCGGGCCGGCUCGGAAGCGGUGCUCGGGAUGUGUGUGUCCGACACGAAGGUGCUCACCCAGUGCGGCGUGCCGUACGAGCAGGCGAUCGAGCGGCAGAAGCUUCGACCCGGGUCCGGCUGCCUGUCCGUCUCGUACCGCAUGGACGGUCCGAUCAAAUCCAUCCAGAUACGGGACGUGAAGGCGGGCGGGCGCGGUGAGCUGACGCUCGACUCGAGCUGGAAGCACGUUUCGCACAUAUUCAAUAGCGGGCGCAGCGUUUCGUCGGACACGGGCGGUAAUGGCAGCAACCAGUCCGGCAAGGACAUCCAGGAGUACCACGUGCAGCUGAAGCUGCGCAAGGGCAUUGGCCUGUCGCUCAUCUCGAACCAGCCGUGCGAAGAGUUGGCUUACGUGACGCUGGAAAACAUUCACAUGGAGUGCAUCCGCACGCCGGCAGUGAACUCGCUGGACUUUUCCGUCGGCGACAUGCAGAUCGACAAUCAGCUGUUCGAGACGUCCUGCCCGAUCAUGCUGUACACGAUCGGUGGUUCUGGUGGAGCCGCCGACCAGCACGGCGGUGGAUCCGGCGGCGGUGGAUCCUCGCUGCAGCUCAACGUGAAGCAGCUUCCCUCGCCCAACACGAACGCGGUCAUAUUCGAGCACUUUAUCGUGAGCAUCCGACCGGUGGCCGUCUACCUCGAGGAGCGACUAUUCCUGCGAAUGGUGAAAUUCUUCGGCUUUGCCAAACCUACCGUCGAUCCGACCACCCUGCCGGACGAGACGGACUAUGAAGCGCAGAAGAUUGUGUACAAGGUGCUGGACAGCAACGUGAAGCGCUAUUACUUUGGCGAUCUGCGCAUCAUACCGGCCCAGAUUCGGCUCAGCUUCGUGACGGCCAGCAAGCUGACGGCCGAGUUUGCCGAGAUCAAGCGCAAUCUCGGGUUUACCUUCAUCAAGUUCGAGGAUGCGGUCAUCAACUUUGAGCAGUUUGCGCACAAGUACCACUUCGAGACGAUGGAUGCGUACGUGAGCGCGAUCAAGGCGCACUACAAGCAGGAGCUGAAAUGGCAGGCCGCCUCGAUACUGGGCAGCGUGGACUUUCUCGGCAAUCCGCUCGGUUUUGCGAACGAUCUGUCCGAGGGCUUCUCGGGCCUGCUGCUCGAAGGGUCGAUCUCGUCGCUGGUAAAGAACGUCACGCACGGCAUUUCCAACUCGACCGCCAAGCUUACGGAAACCAUUUCCGACGGGCUGGGCAAGGUCGUGUUUGACGACGAGCACGUGGAAACGCGCCAACGCAUACUGGACGUGUCGGGCGGCAGUGGGAGCGGUACGACCGGUGACCAUCUGGUGGCCGGUUUCCGUGGCUUCACCUUCGGGUUGCUGGGCGGCGUGACCAGCAUCGUGAAGCACACCUACCAGGGUACGGCCAGCGAUGGGCUGUCCGGGUUCAUUACCGGGCUCGGCAAGGGGCUGGUCGGUACGGUGACCAAGCCCGUGAUCGGUGUGCUAGAUCUGGCCUCCGAGACGGCCAAUGCUGUACGCGAACAGAGCAAGGGCUCGAACCGCAUACUACCGGAGCGAAAGCGACCGCCACGCACGGUGACGGGCGCCCCGGGCGGUCUGUUGCCACCGUACUCGUACCUGCAGAGCACGGGCCAGCAGUACCUGUUCCUGAUCAACAAGCGCAACUUUGCCGAACAGUUCAUGGCGUACGAACCGUGCCUGCUAGACACGAAGGACUCGAAGAUGCGCCUGCUAGUGUCGGCAGAAAAUGUGUGGGGCUUUUCGAAGAACGACGAAACGACGAUGAUCGUGUUUAACUAUCCGAUGAGUGAGAUCAUCUCCUGCCAACCGCUUACCGUGCAGCCCGCCGACCUGCCGUCCGGGGCCUCCCAAGGCUCGGGGGGCCGUUCCAGCGGCGGAGGUACGCGCAAACCGGUCACGUACAUCGAGUUCUGUCUGUCGCUGCCGUCAAAGUCGUCGCUCACGCCGAGUGCGCCGGAAAUGGUUAAAAGACCACGGGUGCGCUGUCAGAACGAGGAGAUUGCGAAGAAGAUUUGCUAUCAUGUAAAUUUUGCAAAGUGUAUCUACGACGAGCGGGAACAAACCCUCAACAUCAACACUGUGAUCGAAUAGUGGCGCGCAUAUCGGGCACAACACACAACACUGCUGGCUACUCGUAUGCUGCUGGCCGCUGUUUUACUUUGAACUCCCAAAGCAAUCCAUAAUCAAAACCACAACCAAAUCUACUGUUUGCUUGCUUCGCCUUCAUCUUCAUCUCCUUCUGUUCUGUUGUUUGCAAGUAUCUUGCACCAAAACAGCAAACCCUGUGUUAAUAUCAACGUUGAAGAGAGAGACUUGUUGAAUUUAUGUUGCACGUGUUUGUUUUUGCUAAGCAGAAUUAUCUAGGUAGGAUUUUAAUCCAUAUUUUUUUCUUGCUCCCAAUUAGACUGUGUAAAAUUCCAACUAGGGUGUUGGGAUUGCUUUUUCUGUUAACACAUAUACAUCCAACUGAAAUCGUGGAACUUUUGCUGUGCGCGUGUAUAAUUCCCAAUAAGAAGUGUGUAGGUUCGUUUACUUUUUUUUUAUUAAAUUAUAAUUAAACACAAUUUUACCAACGCCGACUGUUUCGGGCUUUAUUUUUUACACUGGAAACGAGCGUUGUACGGAACGUGUGAAGGAAAAUAAAUUAUUUUCGUUAAUAAAACACUUCACCUGACAUCACACAGGCGUGGUGAGGGGCGUGUAAAAAUGGA